GAAUAUGGUUAAUCAAUCAAUAUUGUCUAUUAUAUGAUUUGAAUACGACAAGCUGUUACCAAAAAUGUCUUUUUAUUGACGAACUGAUAACAUAAGCGACACGCAUACAGAAAUGAACAGUUUUUAUAUCAUUUCUUAAAUUAAUUACACAUUUUUAAACAGUCUUAAUGUUGCAAGACGAAUAAUGGAUAAAACUUUUAUAUCCUGGACUAUGAAAAUGACGGAUUAUCCCUUUUAAGUUAAAAAGUGAAAAUUUUGUGAAUCCAUCUAUACAGGAACCUGUUGAAACGAAAACAAAACGUACCAUGUUCAUCCUUCUGUUUUAUUCCUUCGUUAAUUUUCAUUUGAUUCAUACCAUUACUCAUUGUGGACCAGGAACACAUUUUGAUGCUCCUUUGGUGGACAAGAUGUUCUCAUUCACUAACCCAAGUGCCGAAGAGUUGUCCUACCUUAAUGAGAAUUCACGUGAAUCCUGUUUAGAGCAAUGUUGUAAUACAGACAAAUGUAACAUUGCCUCUUUCAAUCAAAGUCUGGCUGCUGUAACCGGUGAUAAUUGUUUCCUAUACAAAUGUUUACCUUUGGAGGAUUGUCAGUUUCAAGACUCAGGCUCCAUUAUAAGUUAUGUUUUAAAAAGAGAUGAGGAUGAAAAAUCAACUAUACAAAAUGAAAUUGACACAACAGAUCCACCCCCAAAAGAACAGGAAUAUAUAGGAGAAAAAGUUUUAGAAGUUAUCAAUGAUACUGACGUUGAUUCAGAUUUGUUGAAACAGGAUAUAAGUACAAAAAACACCAACGUUCCUCUAUCGUCAUCUUCGUCUUUAUCCACAAACACGAACAAUCUCACAACGAAAGGUACUACUUCCGUGUCAUUGGCUACGCACUCAUCCAAUUCAACGAAUACCAACAAUUCACCUUCAAAGUCAACGAAUACCAACAGUUCACCUUCAACCUCAACGAAUACUAAAAGUUCAACUUCAACGUCAACAAAUACCAAUAGUUCACCUUCAAGUAUUAAUCCGUUAACAACAUCAAACACAAGUAAAACUAAUAGUCCUGUUUCACUGACACCAUCUGCUAGUUCUACAACUAAAAAUAUAUCGUCAACCAUUGAGGUAGCACAAACUAAUGGAAGUAGUACAGAAACUAAUCAAAUGGUAUUACCAACAAACCAACAUCCAACCAAAACCUCAUUGAAACCAUCAGUCGUGGUCUUAACCGAACAAGGUAAUAAUGAAUCAAGUGUUGAUCAUUCUGCAACGACUGUAAACAGUACCACAAAAACAAUAACUGAAACAGUAUUACCUAACGCAACUAAAUUAACCUCCCAGCCAACCAUAGCGAAUUUGACAGAUCUGGAAACCACACUUAAUCAUGCAAUGACAGCACAACAUAAUAUAACAUCACCACAGAAGAUUACUACAACAAGCACAAUAUUGAAUACGUUGACGAAAGCUUUAAAUAUUACAAACACAGUGAAUAAAACAACAACGUCAACAACAACACCAACUACCACUACUACAACUUCUACGAUGACAACGGAAGUAACAACAAGGGAAACAACCGAGAAUUUGAGCACAGUAGUUACAACGACAACAAAGGACAUGACAACAUCAGACAAUGAUACACAACCGAUAGUCACAAACCAAUCAACAACAGAGGCCACCAACAGGUCGGAAUCUACAGUAAAACCAAUAACAGCAGGAAUGAAAAAUUUCUCUGAUAUCAUACUAUCAAUUAAAACUUUUAACCAAACAGUGUCUGCGGAUGUAAAUUACAGCUCUGAAAUAGUGCAAGAUUUAAUACAUGUUACACCAGCGUCAGUAACUGCUGAUAUAGUAAUAUCUACAGUUUGGAAUGAGUCAGCAGCUGCCAUUCAGACACAUAACCAAACUCUCAUGAGUAAUACAGCUUCAGUUAUAAUACCUGAUAAUGAUAUAUCGGAAACGGCAUUUAAUGAUGAAACUAGAAUUCAAAAUAACACAAUUUUCUUUGGAGAUCUGAACAUAACUUUUGCAGAUACUAGCCAGAUGAAGGAAGAAAAGGAGGAGUCUAAUGUGCUAUCCGCCGCCCUAAUAGCAGCACUGUCGUUUGGAAUAUUAUUCUUCUUUGCAGUUCUUGUUCUUAUCGGAAAACGAUGUUUUGAUAGCUGGCAAAAACGACAUUACUCUAGAAUUGAUUAUCUUGUUAAUGGAAUGUACAAUUGAUAGUUUAAAAAAGUGAAGGUCUACUUAUUCAUUUCACAUUUUAUUUUUGCUUCAUUCGUAUGAAAAGGAAGAAAAAAUUAAGUCAAUGCGAAACAAACAUAGCAUCGCCUAAUCUUGAAAAAAAAACGUCAUUAAUGUAUGGCCAUGAUGGCAAAUUUCAUAUGUAUAAGACUGAAAUAAAUGUUCAUUUCAA